AAGGAAACAGCAGCAAGUUCAGUAUCAAAGAGACUAUAGAAGGUUGAAAAGACAAGACAAGAGCAUACAACUAAAGCAAUCAUACCUCAGUGAAGAAAUGAAUUGGCCUACCAUACCUAGCACUGAGACUGAGCUACAGUGUGCAUACAAUUAUUGGAAAGCAACACAAUGGCAUUCUCCUCUCAUCUGCUCUGUGUACUCUAGCAGUGCCCAUAGAUUGAAAACAAAGAUCUAUGAUAUGAAUCAAAUCCCCAACAUAGUGCAUAACAUGUCUGUUUUGCAGGUACAUGACCCAUGGAUUAUUCAGAAAUGCAUUGUACAACAAAAUUCCAAUGAAUUCUUGUAUGGAAAUGAAUUGGAUGGCUUCAUGUUGGAUAAAAAAAGGGCUGCUAUGCAGUGAUCCUAUCAAUCACAGAAUAGCACUAUGUUCAGACUGCUACAAUUCCCUAAAGAAACCAGCUAUGCCCAGAUAUGCACUGGCAAAUAAUCUAUAUAGAGGUUAUCUUCCUACUGAAUUUUGUGACCUUACAUGGGUUGAAGAGAUGGCAUGUGCUAUUUAUCAUAUCACUGCCCAUGUAACCCAUUUGUAUGGAUCUUCAGAACCUGGACAGCCAAAGAUUUUUCAUGGAAGCACCAUAACACAUGAUAUGUAUGUCAUAUCAACAACAACAGUGCUUCCUAGAACUCCUGCAGACAUCACUGGGUAUCUCUCAGUUGUAUUUAUUGGACCUCAUAAAAUCAAAGCCAGUGACCUGGGCAAUACAUUCAGAGUGCAAAAAGCCAAAAUAUGGCAUUUUCUUCUUUGGUUGAAGCACCAUAACAAAUUAUAUGAGCAGAUCCUGUUGGAUCAGAGUAACAUAGAUCAAUUUCCAGAUGAUGGUGUUCUUCCUGGUGUUGAUGCUCAAUUCAUCCAAGACAUUCACCAAAAAAGUGAUGAAAUCUUCCAAGAAGAAGCAGCAGGUUUUACAGAACGUCCUGCAGAGGCUUUUAUGCAUGACAACUCUAAACAUGCAGAUGAUCAACCAACUGUACUGCUGGAACAUACAGGUGUAUCUGACCCAGAAGGAGACAGCAUUAGUAUACAGUAGUGAUGCUGAUACUUAUGUUCCGCUUUAGGUCUAUGUUGUACCACUAAAAGCGGAGUUUAAGAUCUAUGUAGAUUAUUGUAUCAUCUUAUCUACACCACCCUC